AAAAUAAUCCAACUCAAACUGGUAAACCUUGGGUGGUAAACCAUUGCCUUUAUUAUUGGUGCAUUUAAGUCAAAGGACAUGUUGUCAUGCAGCGGUAACGCAUAAGAAGUAAUGGAACAACCAAAGAAUUCUACCGUCUUCUGAGUAAGUUUGUUUCAGAUCACUGACCUCCAGUCUCCAGCGGCAUUCAACUCCAGCUCGCGCAAUUUCCGUCACGCUGUUUGCCGGCGAGUUUGUGGCCUUGGUUUGUGGCAAGGGGGUUUGUGGUCUAUUGUGAGUUUUCUGGAACCAUUUUGCACCUCAGGGUAUUACAUUUUGAGAAUCAUGUCACUCAACAAGAAACUUUCUAUUGAGGCCCUGGAGCUCGCUGGUCAGAGGGUUCUGAUGAGGGUCGACUUCAACGUUCCGCUGAAGGAUGGCAAGAUCUCCAACAACCAGCGUAUCGUGGCCGCCCUGCCCACCAUCCAGUACGCCCUGGACAAGCAGGCCAAGAGCGUGGUCCUCAUGUCGCACCUGGGCCGUCCGGACGGACGCCGCAGCGAGAAGGCCUCCAUGAAACCGGUCGCGGAGGAGCUCCGCAAACUCCUCGGGAGGGAGGUGCUGUUCCUAGACGACUGCGUUGGCCCGGCGGUGGAGCAGGCGUGCCAGGACCCGCCGGCCGGCUCCGUCAUCCUGCUGGAGAACCUCCGCUACCACGUCGAGGAGGAGGGCAAGGGAGUCAACGAAGCUGGCGAAAAGGUGAAGGCGGACCCGGCCAAGACGGCCGAGUUCCGCCAGUCGCUCCGCCGGCUCGGCGAUGUGUACGUGAACGACGCGUUCGGCACGGCGCACCGCGCGCACAGCUCCAUGCUCGGCGAGGGCUUCGAGAAGCGCGCCGCCGGCACCCUGCUCAGCAAGGAGCUCACCUACUUCGCCAAGGCGCUGGAGUCGCCAGAGAGACCGUUCCUGGCCAUUCUCGGCGGCGCCAAGGUGCAGGACAAGAUCCAGCUGAUCGAGAACAUGCUGGAUAAGGUCAACGAGAUGAUCAUCGGCGGCGGCAUGGCCUUCACCUUCCUCAAGGAGCUCAACGGCAUGAAGAUCGGCAGCUCUCUGUAUGACGCCGAGGGCGCCAAGAUCGUCUCCAAACUGAUGGAGAAGGCCAAGGCGAACAACGUGCAGAUUCACCUGCCGGUCGACUUCGUCACCGGAGACAAGUUCGACGAGGCCGCCAACGUGGGCUCUGCCACGGUUGAGGGCGGCAUCCCGGACGGCUGGCUCGGCCUGGACGUCGGACCCAAGUCGGUGGCUGCGUUCGAGCCCGUCAUCGCCAGGGCUAAGACUAUCGUCUGGAACGGCCCGCCGGGCGUGUUCGAGCUGUCGCCUUUCGCCGCCGGCACACAGGCCAUGAUGAAGGCCGUGGUGGCGGCCACCUCGUCCGGCGCCACCACCAUCAUCGGCGGCGGCGACACGGCCACGUGUUGCGCCAAAUACGGCACCGAACAGGCCGUCAGCCACGUCAGCACCGGCGGCGGCGCCAGCCUCGAGCUGCUCGAGGGUAAAGUGCUUCCGGGCGUGGCUGCCCUGUCCGAGUGUUAGGCUGGAAGAAGAUAAGGGAUCACAGGCACGAGCUUGGCGACGGGAGAGGCGCCACAGUCAGAGGGCUGCGCGCGGUCCAGGAGUCGACUGGCUCAGCAUUCAGUCUCGAUGUACAUGCUUUUGCUGUAUCGUAGGGAUUCUGCAUGAAGUACUGAUACUUUUGUUAGAUGCUUUUUGUUGUGCAAAGAGAAUCGUGCGGAGGUCCUCAAAAUAGGUCCUGGAAUCUUGUCAAACUAUGUGAUGAUACCCGAUGUGAUUUUCCGUUGUUUUUAUGGAGCGCAGGCGUCAACAAGAUUACUUUACUACUCGUCAAUACAUUAUUGGGAGACCCGAA